GAUUGGCCGAUUUUCCCGGCAAUGAUGAAAAAGUAUUGCGGUUGCAACAAUGUAUCUAUUUGUAUCCAAAUAAAAACAUCUGUAUUCAAAAUGGAUACAAACAGAUACAUUGUUGCAACCGCAAUACUUUUUCAUGUCAAAUAUAAUAGCGGAGCUCUCUGCAAGGAACAGAAUUAAAUACCUGCCGUAGACGGGACGAAAAUCGGCCAAUUUUUUUACUGUUGGUGGUAACAUCGGCCUAUUGAACGACCGAUUUUUCUUUUUUUUAAAAA